GGGAAUCCCUACAUGUGCAAUAAUGAAUGUGAUGCGAGUACCCAAGAACUGGCUCAUCCUCCAGAACUGAUGUUUGAUCUCGAAGGAAGACAUCCAUCCACAUUUUGGCAGUCCACAACUUGGAAGGAUUAUCCAAAGCCUCUACAUGUUAAUAUUACACUCUCCUGGAACAAAACCAUUGAGCUUACAGAUAACAUAGUUAUCACUUUUGAAUCUGGCCGUCCAGACCAAAUGAUCCUGGAGAAAUCACUUGACUAUGGACGAACAUGGCAGCCCUACCAAUACUAUGCUACGGACUGCUUAGAUGCUUUCCAUAUGGAUCCAAAAUCAGUGAGGGAUUUAUCACAGCACACAGUCCUAGAAAUCAUUUGCACAGAGGAAUACUCUACUGGGUACAUGACAAAUAGUAAAAUAAUCCACUUUGAAAUCAAAGAUAGGUUUGCUUUUUUUGCUGGACCUCGGCUUCAUAACAUGGCUUCUCUUUAUGGCCAGCUUGACACAACCAAGAAGUUAAGAGAUUUCUUUACCAUCACGGAUCUGAGGAUAAGACUGCUUAGACCAGCAACUGGAGAGAUAUAUGUGGAUGAGCAACACCUGGCACGCUACUUUUAUGCAAUUUCAGACAUAAGAGUAUACGGAAGAUGUAAGUGCAACCUUCAUGCUACUGGCUGUAAAGAAGAAAACAAAAGACUACUUUGUGAAUGUGAGCAUAACACAACCGGCCCAGACUGUGGAAAAUGCAAGAAGAAUUACCAGGGCAGACCGUGGAGCCCUGGUUCUUAUCUGCCUAUACCUAAGGGCACUGCUAAUAUCUGUCUGCCCUGUAUCACGACUCUGGGGGAAAAUUAA